UAAAGACAGAAAAGAUGAAAGUCCACAUAUUAUCCUUCAUGUUUGAGGGAGUGUUUAUGAGUCAGAUCUGGCCAGUGUUGAAGAGAUCUUCCUUAGCUGCCAGACUCCACACCACAGCCCAUCCCAUUCAAGCAGCACUGCCUCCUCCCUGAGUGACGUUUUAGGUCAAAUGACCUCCUGCCAGCUACACAAUAGAGCUUUGCAACAGAAUGGCAGUGCUGGAGUCAGAACAGCUCCAGAUAGCAGAGGGGAUACUGAGACAGUUCCUCCCAGAGUCCCUGAAGGUGUAUGGCUGCCUUUUCAACAUCAACAGAGGCAAACCGCACAACAUAGAAGUCAUUGCUGACUCCUGGCCUGCCUUUAAAGUCAUCCUCUGUCGACCAAAACGACAGGGGGUCCUGGACCGAGAGGGAGACUUCAACAUACACAGCAUCUUCUCCAGGGACAAAGAGAGUUUGGGGAAACUGCUGCAAAGGCCUGGUGUUAUUGACUGGAGCCGGUUUUCUCUGCUAGCAGGUGUCGACCUCAAACAUCUGGAUGUUGUGAAGGAUCUGGCACUUUCAAGAAAUGUUCCUGCAAGAACACAAACUGUUGUCUAUGUGAUGACACUGGAAGACAGCAGUCAGCUCAGGCAGCUGCCUGAACACAGUGAUGCCGGAUGCAGGUUGGCACGGCUCAGUCCCUCUCAUGCUGAGCUGGUGAAUGCAAACUGGUCAUUUGGAGGUGACAGGAACAGCUACAACUCCGUUCUGAAUUACAUCUCCCACAAUCCCAGCUUGUGUGUGCUGGACGAGAGGGGGAAGCCCAUCUCCUGGAUCCUGAUGUACCAGCACUGCGCCCUGGGGCUGCUGUACACCCUCCCAGACCACCGACGGCAGGGGCACGCCAAGCUUCUGGUCACCGAGAUGUCCAGGCAGCUCCUGGAGCAGGGCUACCCUGUCUACUGCUUCGUGGAAGAAGAAAACCAAAUAUCCUACCAGUUAUUCACCUCUCUGGGCUUCAGACACAAACCAGAUUACAGAGCAGUCUGGUUCCAGCUCAGUCUCCGACAACAGGCCGGGAGCAGUGGAGCUCCUGCCUUGUGACGGCCCUGGAGUCCUGCCCUGAAGUGCUGUCCUCACCCUCUCGAGAACAGACACCCGGUUCGGAAAGACAGCUGCUCUGUGUUGAAGGCUUUCAUGUGCAGCAUUGUCAGAGUAAAAUACUCAGAGUACAAAUAAAUAGUUUGAAGAGCAGUGAAUGAAUCAGAAAUAAUGAAUGAACAUUUUUUAGC